AUUUCUUUUUUUCUUUAAAGCUGGAGAUACAGAUGACCCCCCAAGAAUUACUCAAAACCCUGUUAUCAACGGGAACGUGGCCCUGAGCGACGGGCAUAACAACACGGAGGAAGACAUGGAGGAUGACACCAGUUGGCGCUCCGAGGCAACAUUUCAGUUCACUGUCGAGCGCUUCAGCAGACUGAGUGAGUCGGUCCUUAGCCCUCCAUGUUUUGUGCGAAAUCUGCCAUGGAAGAUUAUGGUGAUGCCACGCUUUUAUCCAGACAGACCACACCAAAAAAGCGUGGGAUUCUUUCUCCAGUGCAAUGCUGAAUCUGAUUCCACGUCGUGGUCUUGUCAUGCACAAGCAGUGCUGAAGAUAAUAAAUUACAGAGAUGAUGAGAAGUCGUUCAGUCGUCGCAUUAGUCAUUUGUUCUUCCAUAAAGAAAAUGAUUGGGGAUUUUCCAAUUUUAUGGCCUGGAGUGAAGUGACUGAUCCUGAGAAAGGAUUUAUAGAUGAUGACAAAGUUACUUUUGAAGUCUUUGUACAGGCAGAUGCUCCCCAUGGAGUUGCGUGGGAUUCAAAGAAGCACACGGGCUAUGUUGGUUUAAAGAAUCAGGGAGCAACUUGUUACAUGAACAGCCUUCUACAGACACUAUUUUUCACAAAUCAACUACGAAAGGCUGUGUAUAUGAUGCCAACAGAGGGUGAUGAUUCAUCUAAAAGUGUCCCAUUAGCAUUACAAAGAGUAUUCUAUGAACUACAGCACAGUGAUAAGCCCGUAGGAACAAAAAAGCUAACAAAGUCAUUUGGGUGGGAAACUUUAGAUAGCUUCAUGCAACAUGACGUUCAAGAGCUGUGUCGAGUGUUGCUUGAUAAUGUGGAAAAUAAGAUGAAAGGCACAUGUGUAGAAGGCACCAUUCCUAAAUUAUUCAGAGGCAAAAUGGUGUCUUAUAUCCAGUGUAAAGAAGUGGACUAUCGGUCUGAUAGAAGAGAGGAUUAUUAUGAUAUCCAGCUAAGUAUAAAAGGAAAGAAAAAUAUAUUUGAAUCAUUUGUGGAUUAUGUGGCUGUAGAACAACUGGAUGGAGACAAUAAAUAUGAUGCUGGGGAGCACGGCUUGCAGGAAGCAGAGAAAGGUGUGAAAUUCCUAACAUUGCCACCAGUGUCCAAUAAAUUGGAUGACUUUACAAUAAAUAAAAUAGAAAGGUGUGAUAUUUUAUGUGUAAAUGAAUUUCUUUUUAAUAGGUUUGAAUUUCCUGAACAGUUACCCCUUGAUGAAUUUUUGCAAAAAACAGAUCCUAAGGACCCUGCAAAUUACAUUCUUCAUGCAGUCCUGGUUCACAGUGGAGAUAACCAUGGUGGACAUUAUGUGGUUUAUCUAAACCCCAAAGGGGAUGGCAAAGUAAGUGUUGGGGUUCAGGUGGAACGUGAAGUUUUACAAGCUGUCACCGACCAUGAUAUUCCUCAGCAGCUGGUGGAGCGACUACAAGAAGAGAAAAGGAUCGAGGCCCAGAAACGGAAGGAGCGGCAGGAGGCCCACCUCUACAUGCAAGUGCAGAUAGUUGCUGAGGACCAGUUUUGUGGCCACCAAGGAAAUGACAUGUACGAUGAAGAGAAAGUGAAAUACACUGUGUUCAAAGUUUUAAAGAACUCCUCGCUUGCUGAGUUUGUUCAGAACCUCUCCCAGACCAUGGGAUAUCCACAAGAUCAAAUUCGAUUAUGGCCCAUGCAAGCAAGGAGUAAUGGAACCAAGAGACCAGCAAUGUUAGAUAAUGAAGCGGACGGCAAUAAAACAAUGAUUGAACUCAGUGAUAAUGAAAACCCUUGGACAAUAUUCCUGGAAACAGUUGAUCCCGAGCUGGCUGCUAGUGGAGCGACAUUACCCAAGUUUGAUAAAGAUCAUGAUGUAAUGUUAUUUUUGAAGAUGUAUGAUCCCAAAACACGGAGCUUGAAUUACUGUGGGCAUAUCUACACACCAAUAUCCUGUAAAAUACGUGACUUGCUCCCGGUUAUGUGUGACAGAGCAGGAUUUAGUCAAGAUACUAGCCUUAUCCUCUAUGAGGAAGUUAAACCGAAUUUAACAGAGCGAAUUCAGGACUAUGACGUGUCUCUUGAUAAAGCCCUGGAUGAACUAAUGGAUGGGGACAUUAUUGUGUUUCAAAAGGAUGACCCUGAAAAUGAUAACAGUGAAUUACCCACCGCAAAAGAAUACUUCAGAGACCUCUACCACCGUGUGGAUGUCAUUUUCUGUGAUAAAACAAUACCUAAUGACCCUGGAUUUGUGGUGACAUUAUCAAAUAGAAUGAAUUAUUUUCAGGUUGCAAAGACAGUUGCACAGAGGCUCAACACGGAUCCAAUGCUGCUCCAGUUCUUCAAGUCUCAAGGUUAUAGGGAUGGCCCAGGUAAUCCACUUAGACAUAAUUAUGAAGGGACUUUAAGAGAUCUUCUACAGUUCUUCAAGCCUAGACAACCUAAGAAACUUUACUAUCAGCAGCUUAAGAUGAAAAUCACAGACUUUGAGAACAGACGGAGUUUUAAAUGUAUAUGGUUAAACAGCCAAUUUAGGGAAGAGGAAAUAACACUAUAUCCAGACAAGCACGGGUGUGUCCGGGACCUGUUAGAAGAAUGUAAAAAGGCCGUAGAGCUCGGGGAGAAAGCAUCAGGGAAACUUAGGCUGCUAGAAAUUGUAAGCUACAAAAUUAUUGGUGUGCAUCAAGAAGAUGAACUAUUAGAAUGUUUAUCUCCUGCAACGAGUAGAACGUUUCGAAUAGAGGAAGUACCUUUGGACCAGGUGGACAUAGACAAGGAAAAUGAGAUGCUCAUCACAGUGGCUCAUUUCCACAAGGAGGUGUUCGGAACAUUUGGAAUCCCAUUUUUGCUGAGGAUACACCAGGGUGAGCAUUUCAGAGAAGUGAUGAAGCGGAUUCAGAGUCUGCUGGAUAUCCAGGAGAAGGAGUUUGAAAAGUUUAAAUUUGCAAUUGUAAUGAUGGGCCGACACCAGUACAUAAAUGAAGAUGAGUAUGAAGUAAAUUUGAAAGACUUUGAGCCACAGCCUGGUAACAUGUCUCAUCCUCGGCCUUGGCUAGGGCUCGACCACUUCAACAAAGCCCCAAAGAGGAGUCGCUACACUUACCUUGAAAAGGCUAUUAAGAUCCAUAACUGACUUCCUUACCCCGUGUGUCCGAGGCGGGACAGUGCGUGCGUGUGUGCCCCUUUUAACAGCGGAGAACUUUGGCACACGUGCACUCUCUCCGAAGUCUUCAGCAAGAGGAUUUGCUGCUGAUGUUAAUUUUAUUUUGUUGAGGCUGUGCAGUUUGGCUUCUCUGUAUCUAUUGACUGCCCUUUUGAGCAAAAAUGAAGGUGUUUUUAUAAAGCUUGGAUGCCAGUGAGAGUUAUUUUAUGGUAACCACAUGCAAGGCAGCUGUCAGCAUAACGGGGGAGAAGAGGUUAGCAGGACGCAGGUCCCUGGCCAGGGCCUCUCGGCUGUUCUGGUUGGCACGAGUGGCCUGGCUGCCUUCCGGGGUCCUGCGCACCAGCCCUGCAGCUAGAAAGUCUUGUGUUCAGGCUCAUCUGACCUAUUUCCUUCAGUUAUACUUUCAUGACCUUUUGUGCAUCUGUAAAGGCAAAACAGAGAAACUCACAACCUAAUAAAUAGCGCUCUUCCCGUCAUUGUGUUCGUUGUCAGCCCUGCCUCGGUUCUUCUCUCAGGCUGCUUGGGGUCUCCCUUCAGCCACUGCUGUCCUGCAGCCUGGUCCCGACAGAUGUUUUGGGGUCUUUUUAUUAAGUUGAAAACAUUGUUAAAUACAAUUAAGGUUUACUAUGCUGCCUCUGGGCACACUUGAUCUCGACCGUUCAUAUAAGCAGGUGAAAGAAUUAUAAAUAGAAUUUCGUUAAAAUGGAACAGAACAAACAAGAGAGCCGUUAGCAAGAGGGCAUGCUCGCUAGUGGUUAGUAAGCUGAUGACUUUGUAAAAAAGUUAAAAAGGAAACAUGAAAUUGUAUAUUUAAUGAAUGGACAUGUACAAUUUGCCACUUGGAGGAGGUUCCCUUUUGUUGGGUGAGUCUGCAAGUGAAUCUCACUGAUGUUGAUAUUCAUUGUGUGUAGUUUUCUUUCAGUCCCAGCCUCGUUUCCUUUCAUUUUGGAGCUAAUGCCAGCUGCGUGUCUAGUUUUGAGUGCAGUAAAUAGAAUCAGCAAGUCACACUUACUUUUCAUCCUUUUUCGGUAUUUUUUUGGGGGGGUUGUUUCUGUAGCAGCAGUGUACACCAACUCUUCCUGUAUAUUGCCUUUUUGCUGGAAAAUGUUGUAUGUUGAAUAAAAUUUUCUAUAAAAAUU